AUGUGUAAGCAGAUAGGUGAAAAAGGGUUGAUAACCACUCUAAUAGAUAGCCUCAUUAAAAGGAGGCGUUAUCAUGAAGAGAGAAAUAGGUGCUGAAGGCAGGCAAAAGACUAUGGAAACAAACACUUCACUCACUGCCUUAAUCUUGAGAAAAUAACCCUCUCUCCAAGAAGAAAGUAAGACAUAUGAAGUACUGGAGACAAGUUAAAUGUGAAGUUUUUGCAAUUGGAGGGGGACUCGCACCGGGCGAGCGAGCACUGGCGCCAGGCGGAAGUGGGCGGGCCGCUUCUUUCCCUUCCGGAGAGGCGGCGCCACCCGCGCGCCGGCAGAGACAGCGAACUGCAGGACCGGCGCCUGCGCACAAGAAAGCCGGCGCAGAGUCUGUUUCCGGGGGCGGGGACGCCGCGGGGAAGGCCAGCGGUCGGGAUCCCUUUAGUUUCCGGGGCGGCGGACACGGAAGUGCGGAAACGGAGGCGUUCUCAGGUGCGUUUGCGGCGCGGCUGCAAGGGCGAGAUGGAGCGGGGCGCGGCGGCGGCGGCAGAGGGUCGGGAUGGUCUCCGGGAGCGACGAGGCUUGUUCGAGGUUGAGAGGCAGCAGCAGAACCACGAAGUGCAGCGUCAGACCGGGACAAACGGUCUUCCGAAACACUCCUACUGGUUGGAUCUCUUGUUCUUCAUCAUUUUGGACGUGGUGUUGUUUAUCUUUGUGUAUCUUUUGCCAUGACUGGUUUGCUGAUUUCUAAAUGAAGAAGUUGACUCCUGGAGUGAAUUCUGAAAAUGACUACAAACUUCUUGAAUAAGGAAGACAGGAUUGUGCAGUAGAAGAAUUUCAAAACUCUAUGGGACUUUCCUUUCAUUUUACACUUUUUUCAUUUUACUUUCUUUCUCUCUCAUUUGGAGAACUCCAUUAAAUGGAUAGGAUCUCGCCCAUUCAUACCCAGGUUCUUAAAACUAGACCCUUGGGUUCAUGUUUAAAAACUUUUUCAAACAUCUGAUGGCUUUAUAGGGGCUGAAUAUAAUAA